GGCCUCAGCUUUCAUCCCAUCCGCCGCCCCUUUCCCCCUUUUUCUCUCGAGAUUAGGGUUUCGAUUAUCAUUCCGACAGAGAGGAGCCCGACCAUCGAUUUGGGCCUUCAGGUUGGGUUGAACAGUUGAGUCUUGGAUUCUUGGACGAGGGCUUGAUGAUGAUCAAUCAAGAGCCGGCGGGAGAAUCCAUCGAUCUCUUCCGACUGGCCUCGCGCUGGAGGUCGGGCGCCGAAUGGAAGAAGAUCGUCGAGGAGAUGGAUUCAGAGCCGGUGCCGUCGCAUUUGAACACGAUCAACAGCUCCGGCUUGUUCCAGAUCGUGUCGACGGACAAGAUGUCCGUCCAGUAUGUGGGUUCCCCGCAGCAUGGGCACGAUGUCGGUGUCGUGCAGGCGGACUGUCCGGCGCCCACCAGGAGGCUGGCUUACUAUUUCGAGAUGACGGUGAAGAAUGCCGGGCAGAAGGGGCAGGUCGCUAUUGGGUUCACUAUGCAGCAUUUCAAGAUGCGGCGGCAACCUGGCUGGGAAGCUAAUAGUUGUGGAUACCAUGGAGAUGAUGGAUAUCUUUAUCGUGGACAAGGAAAAGGAGAAUCUUUUGGACCAACAUUUACAACUAAUGAUACUGUUGGUGCUGGUAUCAAUUAUGCAUCACAGGAGUUCUUUUUCACAAAGAAUGCAAAACUUGUCGGAACUGUUCCGAAGGAUAUAAAAGGCCCUCUUUAUCCUAGCAUAGCUGUUCACAGCCAGAAUGAAGAAGUUACUGUAAACUUUGGGAAGAAACCAUUCCUUUUCGACAUCGAAGGUUUUAUUUUGGAAGAGAGAUUGAAACAGCAGGCAAUGAUUGAAAAGCUAUCCUUACAACCAAAUAUUAGUCACUGGAUUGUUCGUUCUUAUUUGCUACACUAUGGCUAUCAAGACACAUUGAAGUCAUUUGACCUUGCAAGUGAAAAUACUUAUCCUUCAGAGUCUAUGGCACAGGAAAAUGGCUUUGAUGAUCAAGGAGACAUGUAUGCACUUGAUCACAGAAAUAUUUUGCGUCAGCUUAUCAAGAAUGGUAAUAUUGAUUCUGCAUUUCAAAAGCUUCGGGAAUGGUAUCCUCAGGUUUUGCAGGAUGACAAAUCGUUGGUCUGUUUUCUACUUCAUUCUCAAAGGUUUAUUGAAUACAUUAGGGUUGGACAGCUGGCAGAGGCAGUAUCUUAUGCUCAAAGCGAGCUGCAAAAGUUUUUCUCAGUAAAGUCUUAUGUUGACCUCCUUCAGGACGUUUCUGGGCUGCUGGCCUAUAAAGUGCCAGUGGAAUCAAGUGUGGGUUAUCUACUGGACGGACCACAGCGGGAAUUUGUUGCUGAUGCAGUAAAUGCAGUUGUUCUAUCCACAAACCCCAAUUUGAAGGACCCAGAUCGGUGUCUGUACUCGUGCCUGGAGAAGUUACUGAGGCAACUCACGCUGUGCAGCUUAGAAAGAAGGGCAUCGAGCGAGGACCAAGGGGAGGCAUUUUGUCUCCAUAGAGAACUACAAAGUGGUGGAAGGGCAAAGUGCAGCUAGUCUUUGGUAUUAUUAAUUGCCCUCUCACUGGUAUGAUUCUGUGUCCCACCCAGCUAGUCUUUUUUAUUAUUAUUUAUUAUGUUUUCUUUUUUGUUCUUGUUUUCUGGGGAGAUAAUUACUGGUGGAGCAUGCACGAUAUUCUUGUCUGGCUGUCUUACAUCUAUCUACAGUUGUUUCCGAUUCUGUUGUACAGAAGUUCUACAUCAUCAACUUGUAUGUUGUUAGAUAAAAAGUCUGUGGUUUAGACCCGUUAAUGGAAACUUGUGUGCCCGAUUUGGUGGUAAA